AUGUUCCAGGCCACGAGGGAGCAGUCGCUGGGCCCCGUGGAGGAGGAUGACCUGAUCUCCGGGGAGCACUCAGACGCCCCGAGGGACUUGGAGCCGGGAAGGGUGCAAGGUGUCAUGACAUUUGCAGGCCAUCUCAGGAGUCACCUGUCCCUGGUGCUGCAGCUGCUGUGCCUCUUGCUGUGCGCUGUGCUGCUGGUAGCCAUCCUGGCUCAAGUCUCCAAGGUUCCCAGCUGUCAUCAACAGGUGCCGUCCAAGACGCAAGAGAUACGUCGGGAUGUGAUGCAGCUCAAGGCGGGACUGGCCAACCUGUGCCGGCCCUGUCCCUGGGACUGGACUUUCUUCCAGGGACACUGCUACUUCUUCUCCAAGUCCCAGAGGAACUGGCACGACUCCGUGUCGGCCUGCCAGGACGUGGGGGCCCAGCUGGUCAUCGUCAGAAGCGAUGAGGAGCAGUUCUUCCUGCAGCUGAACGCCAAGUCGAGAGGCCCCACCUGGAUGGGACUUUCAGACCUGAAAAAGGAGGGCACGUGGCACUGGGUAGAUGGUUCGCCGCUCAUGCUCAGCUUCAUGCAAUACUGGAACCCCGGGGAACCCAACAACCAUCAGGAGGAAGACUGUGGUGAAUUCAAGAACAACGGUUGGAAUGACGACCAGUGCUCCAAGGACAAGUUCUGGGUGUGCAAGCGGCCCACGGCCCCCUGCGAAGCUGCCUGAAGCUGGACCCU